GUCUUUCUUUCUGCAGCCAUCCCUUCCCACUCCAACAACCGCUCUCUCUUCCUCUUCCCACUCCUCGCUUCGGUCUCAAAUCGCUUCAACAAUGGGUGCUCCUGCUGUUAUUGGUUCUAUCGCCCUCCUCGGCGCCUUCGUCGUCGGUGGCUACAUGCUCUUCACCGGCUCCGGUGAGGACUUCAACGUCGGAAACUUCCUUACCACCACCUCCCCUUACACCUGGGCUUCCCUCGGAAUCUCCCUCUGCAUCGGUCUGAGUGUCGUCGGUGCCGCCUGGGGUAUCUUCGUUACCGGUACCUCCAUCGUCGGUGGUGGUGUCAAGGCUCCUCGUAUCCGAACCAAGAACUUGAUCUCCAUCAUUUUCUGCGAGGUCGUCGCUAUCUACGGUGUUAUCAUGUCCAUCGUCUUCUCGGCCAAGCUUGCCGCCGUCGUCGGACCUGACCUCUAUACCCCCGAGAACUACUUCACCGGCUACGCCCUCUUCUGGGGUGGUCUCACCGUCGGUUUCUGCAACCUUGUUUGCGGUGUUGCCGUCGGUGUGACUGGUUCGACCGCUGCCAUCGCCGAUGCCGCUGACCCGUCGCUCUUCGUCAAGAUCCUUGUCAUUGAGAUUUUCGGAUCCGUCCUCGGACUUUUCGGUCUUAUCGUCGGUCUGCUGAUGACCGGCAAGGCCCAGGAGUUCCAGUAAAUCACACGCCAAAUCGGAUGAGGAAUAGAAAGACAGGAGGAGGUAUAUAUAUUUAUUAUUGGCGGAAGGUUAACUCUGGUGUUAUAAACGAAUGCAGUGCGUGAAGGAUGAAUUGAUCAGAAGGGGAAGCUGAUAUCAAGCCACGAAAGCAUUACAUUUUCCAAAUCAUUCAAUUCAAAAGACUGGCACUCAUUGUUUUUCUUUCAAACGAGGUAUACAUAACUGGAUGAAAAAACAUGAUGCUUGGUUUCCCUGACUUUUUUUCUUUAAUCUUUUUUUAUUUUAUCAAGCCUUCAUUCUCAUUUUGAUUUUUUUAUCUUUUUAUAUUUACUUGAUUUUGGCAGAUGGCUGGUGUUUUACUUUUCUUUUUCCAUUGUGUGUUUUGUAAGUCAUAUAUUGGGUUGCGGGGCGAAACAGUUGUGGGUUUAUUUAUAGACGAAAAUAACGUUUAAACAAAUUUAUGAAAGUCUUCUCCGACUCGUUUAU